UGCACGCUCUGCCUCGUCAAGCCCCACGUCGUCGAGGAGCGGAAGCUCGGCGACGUCCUGACCGCCAUCGUCGAGAGCGGCUUCGAGGUCGCGGGCUUCCAGCUCGUGACGCUCGACGCGAAGAUGGCCCACGAGUUCUUCGCGCCCUACAAGGGCGUCAUGCCGCGCCACGAGGACAUCGUCGCCCACUGCCUCGAGGGCGCGGCCCUCGCCGUCCAGAUCCGCUCCGACGUCGCGUCCUUCCGCGAGUUCUGCGGGCCCGCGGACAUCAAGCUCGCGCAGGCGCUCCGACCGAAGAGCCUCCGGGCCACCUUCGGCAAGUCCGUCGUCAAGAACGCCGUCCACUGCACGGACCUCGACGAAGACGGGUUUUUGGAGUGCAACUACUACUUCAACGUGCUC